AUGGCAUCUGCCAAUGCUAUCCGCCUGGCAGGCUUCGGGCUAAGGAUGCUUCAGCUCUUAUCGUCACUGAUCAUCGUCGGGGUUUUUAGUUAUUUCCUUGCAGUUCUUGCUGAUCACAACGAGCAUGCCCCAGAGUGGCUGAAGGCUGUUGCUGGGAUAGCCGGAGUGGCUGCGAUCUACGCCAUCCUCACGUCGUUUUUCAUUCUUGCGUAUGGAGGACUGUUAGUCUUCUCCCGUAUAUCCAUGAUGUUCGACGGAAGUUUCGCCGUCGCAUUUCUAGCUAUCUGUCUUAUGACUCGCCACGGCGCCCUCCCUUGCACAGGACGCGUAACGACGCCCGUUGGAAGUGGUGAAGCGGAAGACCCAGGUGCAGCAUUUGGUGGCGAGGAUAUGGGAACUGGCAGGGGGGAUAAUCUCACUUCCAUGCGAUACCUAGCUACCGCGUGCAAACUAGAAAAGGGGGCCUUUGCCGUCUCUAUCAUUGGAAUGUUGGUAUUCCCUUAUAUAACAUGUGCGCCAAACCCAUUCGCUAAUUAUAUUUCCUCCCAGUGCUCUCUUUCUACUCUCGAUUCUCAUACAGAAGGCCUUCGAAAAUCGCCAACGGACUUCUAA